AUGCCCACCGUGCUGAGCCCAAGGGAACCAGAAGAGGUGGCCCAAGAAGAGGACACGAGUGGCCCUGGUGAGACAGGGACAGGCUGGGAAGAGCCAGAGCAAGAAGAGGAUGAGGCAGAGGCCCCAAGCAUGGAGGCAUCGAACCCAUCGGAGGAUGAGGAGGAGAGGGGACCCCACAGCCCCCACAGCGAGGACGGUGAUUUCCAGGGCGAAGGAAUGGAUACAGAAGAGGAAUCCCCACAAAGGGAAGCUGAAGCUGCCCACGCUGUCCUCGUUGAAAGCCACCCGGUUUUGCCCACGGAAGAGGACCUUGUUGACGGAGAGCAGGAAAAGUUUGAGCAUCGGGAAAUCCCCGUGUGCGAGACAGGUCUGGCUGCAGAGGAGGAAAGGGAGCAGGAGAUGUGCCCGGAGCCGGAGAUAUGUCCGGAGCCAGAGAUGUGUCCGGAGCAGGAGAUGUGCCCGGAGCAGGAGAUGUGCCCGGAGCCGGAGAUAUGUCCGGAGCCAGAGAUGUGUCCGGAGCAGGAGAUGUGCCCGGAGCAGGAGCCCUCAAGCAUCCAUGAGGCCAUCCCAGCAGAAGAGGUUUCUUUGGGGGCUGAAGAAGAUGCCGUGGGAGGGGAGGACCCGGGCAGAGCAAAAGACGGGCAGGAGAGCAGAGCCCAGGAGGAGCUCGGGGACCUGCAGGAAAAUGACUUUGUGGAAGAAGUGUGGGAGCAGGAGGAGCCGGAGCUGGAGUCAGGAGAGGAGCCCUGGGGCGGGGGGGAUGAUGGCAACGGCCAAAAACCCCGUCCAGAGGACUGGGAGGUGACAGCAGAGGACACAGAGGGGGCUUUGGGGACAGAAGAGCCAGCCUGGGCUGAUAACACCCCAACAAGCGCCAGAGGGCUGGAAAGUGAGGAGAGAGACGGCACGUCGCCGGCAGAGCUGGAGGAAACCCAAGAAGAUGAUGAAGAAGAUGCCGAGAGCCAGGGAGUGAGCCAGCAGCAGCCACUGCCGGAGACUGAACCGGCCCCGGAGCUGGCAAGGGAUGAAGAGGAGAGCACCGCAGGGCCGCCCGCCCAGGCACCCACCGAUGUCCCUGGGCAAGGGGAUGGCCAGGAGCCGGCCAAAGCUCCGGAGGAGCCCUGGGAGGUACAGGAUGAAGAUGCUGACGAUGAGGUCGGCUCAGAGCCGGGACAGCCGGAGAGGAGCAGCACCGGCCCUGCGGCACUUCAGCAGGCACCAGGUGAUGGCACGGAGAGCGGUGAGUUGGCGGAGGAGGAUGCCGGGCGAUCGGGAGAGCUGGAAUGGGCAGCGGGAAUGGGCAGGAGGGUGGAACUGGAGGACACGCUGCCGGACAGCACGCCCUUGCAUCUCUACGAAGGGGAGAUGCUGGCUGCGGUCGCACCCAGCCAAAACCCUCCCGAGAUUGAGGAGACCACAGAGACAGCCCCUGCAUCCGAAAUAGCUCCGGAGGGUGAAGGAUGGCUGGAAGGGAGGGACAAGCCAUCAACCUCCCCCGUGCCGGAGAGCCAGGAAGAGGAGGCAGGGAUGGAGGUAGACCUUGCGGCAGAGGGGACCGAGGAGGAGGAAGGCUAUUUCAUGGUCUCUGUUCCCAACCAAGAGGCGAGCGGCUCGGAGGAAGCCGAGAUCUCCGAGGAAUUUGAAGAAAUUAAAGUUGAAGUAACCGAAGGCAGCAAAGAGGAUCUGGAAGUUCCCAGAGAAGCAUCUCCGGUGCCAGAGGACGAAGGGCACUUGGAGGCGUUUGUUGGUGAAGCAGACGAAGACGUGGUGAAGAUGCCCACAGAAGAACCGGAGAUGCCGAGGGACGAGGAUGAGGAUGAUGCUGGGGGUUUUACUGCCGAGCUGGAGGAAGGCCCAGCUGUGCCCGAAGCAGAUCCCGGCUCCCCUGGGGCGGCGGGGCCGUUAGCAGGAGGCUCUGACGAGCCAGCCCAGGAUGCCGCAGGUGCCGGCACACACGAGGGACCAGGACACUCGGUGAGUUUGGCUGCUGAAUCGGACGAGGAACUCGCCGGCACAGUCGAGGUGGAGAGCGAUGCCGGCAGAGCCAAAACACUCCCAGGUUACAACCUGGGGCAGGUGGGGCAGGAGGAGGAGGAGGAGGAGGAAGAGGAUGAACCUGGCACGGCUCACCACGACGCGGCCGUGCCCAUCCCUCCGGCAGAGCUCCAGGCCCAGGUGAUGCCGGUUUCUCCGCUGCCCGACCAAGCGGAGCAGACAUCGGAUGAGCAACCGUCUGUGGAGGAGGAAGCACCGGCUGGUGACAGCCUUCCCUCAGCUGGGGACGAGGGGACCCCCGAGGCCCUUCAACCUCUGCCGGGCUCCGUGCCGGAGCAGGGAGGUUUUCCGGAGAUGAUGAAAGAAAGCCCAGGCACGGCUGAUCUCUCUGCAAAGGUGCCGGCGGAUGUCAUGAAAGACUCGGAUAUUUUGGAAAUAGUUGAGCAAGCCCUGGAGUUCAACCAGGAGUUGGUGAUGGGGGUGAGGGCGGCCGAGGGUGGGCAGCGGGAUCCCG